CUCGGGUGUUUCCCAGUCUGGGGCUGCGAAACCCCUCAUUUUCUGCCUGUUUCCCCCCUCCAGGCAAAGCCACGCCGGGGACCAGUUGGUCCAUGGCUCUGGAUCUAGGAUGGACCAAUGGGCACGGCUGCUUCGGAGGUCCAAGGAGAAAACAAAGGAAGGCUUGCAGCGCCUGCAGCCCUGGGCAUGGACACUGAAGAGGAUCGGGGGUCAGUUUGGCGCCGGCACCGAGUCCUACUUCUCUCUGCUGCGCUUCCUGCUCCUUCUCAACCUGCUAGCCUCAGUGCUUAUGGCCUGCAUGACGCUGCUGCCCACCUGGUUGGAAGGCGCUCCCCCAGGCCCUCCCGGCCUCAACACCUCCUCGCCCUGCGGCUUCUACAACCCCCACUCCCAGGGCCUGGUCACCUUCGACACCCAGCUCUUCAACUUGCUCUCGGGAGAAGGUUACUUGGAAUGGUCUCCUCUGUUCUAUGGCUUCUACCCACCCCGCCCACAUCUGGCGGUCACCUACCUGUGCUGGGCCUUUGCUGUUGGCCUCAUCUGCCUCCUGUUCAUCCUGCAUCGGUCAGUGGCACCUGCACCCCUGACCCCCUGAAAGAAUGGGGUGGGAGGGGAGCAAGUGGUGGUGGCAAAAACCCCCUCCCCAAGAAUCCUCAGUCUUGCUGUGUAACUCUUCUGUUUCAGUUAAAAUCAAGAUUUGGGGAUUUUCAUUUUUCUUUUUCUUUCUUUUUUU